CUACUUUUUUUUUUUUUUUUGGGUAGAUCUCAAUCCUCUAAAUUGAACCUUUUAUUUACACCUCUUAAAUUAUUCUCUAUAAAACCAUAAACUAUUUCUUGCAUGUUGAGCUUUUCUCCAUCAUAUCUCAUGCUUUGAAAACUGUUUUUCUCUGCCAAUUCUCUCCACAGAACCCACAUUUAUGACUCUGAUUCAGUUACCUUAACAAACCAUAUUUAAGACUGGUUUUUCAUCUCUCUAUUGGUGAACAACUCAACCUAGAGAGAGUGAAGUUCAACUUUUUUACCGCAACAAUUGCCCAAUAAGGUUCCUUUGUUUACCUUCUUUCUUUUUUGCCUCCAUUGUGAAGUGUUACGUGUUGUGUUUGGUAUCAGUUACAAGAAAGUUUCUCUCACAUCACAAACACAUACACACCUUAUUAAAAAAACAAAAACAAAAAAAAACUCUGUUUUUUCUCUGUUUUUGUGCUAUAAAUCUAGUUGAAAAGCCUUUUCGAAUUCCACUACAAACUUGAAGAAUAUCAGAAACAAUGUUAUCAGAGAAACAAGGAGAAGAGAUAAUGAUGUCAAGCCUGAAUGAAACAAAUGAGGCGAUGAAUGAAGAAAGAGAAGAAGCAAAAAGUGGAAGUUCAACUUCUGGUUUGAAGAAUUUUCUCUGGCAUGGUGGUUCUGUUUAUGAUGCUUGGUUUAGCUGUGCUUCAAAUCAGGUUGCUCAAGUUCUGUUGACCCUGCCAUACUCAUUCUCUCAGUUGGGAAUGAUUUCUGGGAUCAUAUUCCAAAUCUUCUAUGGAUUGCUUGGUAGUUGGACUGCUUAUUUGAUUAGCAUUCUGUAUAUUGAGUACAGAAGCAGGAAAGAGAAAGAGAAUGUCAACUUCAAAAAUCAUGUCAUUCAGUGGUUUGAAGUGUUGGAGGGACUACUUGGACCUUAUUGGAAAGCAAUUGGAUUGGCUUUCAACUGCACUUUCCUUCUCUUUGGAUCUGUUAUCCAGCUCAUAGCUUGUGCAAGUAACAUAUACUACAUAAAUGAUCACUUGGACAAGAGAACUUGGACUUACAUAUUUGGAGCAUGUUGUGCAACAACAGUCUUCAUACCUUCAUUUCAUAACUAUAGAAUUUGGUCUUUUCUUGGACUUGGUAUGACCACAUACACAGCUUGGUAUAUGACUGUUGCAGCCAUUGCUCAUGGCCAGGUUGAAAAUGUGGUUCACUCGGGUCCAAAGAAAAUGGUUUGGUAUUUCACUGGAGCGACAAACAUACUCUAUACUUUCGGCGGACAUGCCGUUACAGUAGAAAUCAUGCAUGCAAUGUGGAAACCUCAAAAGUUCAAAUCUAUCUAUUUCUAUGCAACAAUUUAUGUGUUUACGCUUACCCUACCAUCUUCCGUUGCUGUUUAUUGGGCUUUUGGUGACCAACUUUUGGAUCAUUCCAAUGCUUUCUCUCUUCUUCCUCGUAACGGAUGGCGUGAUGCCGGUGUUAUCUUGAUGCUCAUUCACCAGUUUAUUACCUUUGGAUUUGCUUGUACACCACUGUACUUUGUGUGGGAGAAAGUGAUAGGAAUGCAUGAAACAAAGAGCAUAUUUUUAAGGGCACUUGCAAGGUUACCUGUGGUGAUACCAAUAUGGUUUUUGGCUAUCAUUUUCCCUUUCUUUGGUCCUAUUAACUCAGCUGUUGGGGCUCUCUUGGUUAGUUUCACUGUCUAUGUCAUUCCUGCCACUGCUCAUAUGCUCACUUAUAGGUCUGCUUCUGCAAGACAGAAUGCUGCAGAGAAAUUACCCUCAUUUAUGCCAAGUUGGACAUUAAUGUAUGUGAUCAAUACAUUUGUGGUGAUAUGGGUUACUAUUGUAGGCUUUGGAUUUGGAGGUUGGGCUAGUAUGACAAACUUCAUCAAACAAGUUGACACAUUUGGACUAUUUGCUAAAUGCUACCAAUGUCCACCAAAACUAGCACCUUCAACAAACCACACUAUGCAUCACUGAAAAAUGUCACAUGAAUAAAACUAUUCUAUCUUCUUUGUUUCACUCAUAUUUUCCCUCUCCUUUUAUUUUUCAUAUCUAUAAAGAUACAUUAUUGGUAAUGCUUUUGUCCUCUUAUUGAGGAAAUGUUUUCAUUAUCAUUUUAGAUAAUUAUAAACUUGAUUAUAGCCAACA